UAUGUAAAAUGAUUUUCCACUACCAUUUUGCAAUGUCCAAUUGUUACCCAUCUUAUUGUCCAAGUCCAACACAGAUUUUCUUCCCAACUUUUCUUGGCAUUGAAAACUGCAGCCAUCCAAGGUUGUUUUUUUCUAACAGAGGAUAUCUUGUUCCAUUAAGACAAGUCAAAAUACAAAAAAUCUUAUCUUGUGCCUCCCCCCCAGAACCUGUACCAGGAGGACCACCAGCAGCCUCUGGACCUCCCUAGUCCCAAGUCCCUACCCGUCUCUUACACGUGGCCGUCCUUGUGACACGUGGGUUGGCAGCAUGCCGACCUUAGUUUAUAUAAACCUCACCCCAACCCUCUCAAACAGCCAUAACCAUCUGUGACCAUGGAAAUCUCCAUUUCUCGCUUUAAAAUUCAGGCUGUUUGCUCAUCAUUCCCCUUUCACAGAAUCACAAAAUCUAGUCAUAGACCCCAGAAGAAUUUCAUGGUUCAACUGAAACCCAGAAAGCUACCAAAACAUGGGCUGGCAGUGGAUUGUGCUAAAUGGGACUCAUCUGCUCCUGUGAUAGAACCUGAAAGAGAGCUGGGAGAGGAAGAAGAGUUGGACCCAGAAGUGAAAGACUGGAUGAAGACCAAGCUGAAGAACAAGUGCAGAGACAGGAGUGCAAUGUCAGAGCUGUUGGAAUGCUUGGAAAGGGAGAUCAUGGGAGAAGAUGAGGGUAAAGAGCCUCUUGAUUACAAUAGAAGAGCCCACAUCUUUGACAAGAGUUCCAGAGUUUUCCAGGCUCUCAAGGAGCGUACAACUCCUCAACAAUCUUAAUUCAAAAGUUUCCUCCUUUUUGUUCUUCAAUCAUAAAAAUGUUGUACAAUUUCGAUUCAAUGAAUAAGAUGAACAUUAUUUGCACCUCGUUUUUUACUAAAUACAUUCCACUCUAAUGUGUUUUUAAAGGAUUAAUGAAAUGCACAUAGUAAAAAACGAGGUGCAAAUAAUGUUCAUCAUGAAUAAUAAAGUGUAAUGGGUUGGUUCCAUUCUGAUUCUUUUGAACCCUAUGAUCUCGAUUUAUAUGUUAUUUGAAUCCACAAGCAGACAUAUUGAUACCCAAAGCAAAUGCUCAACCAUAAAAAACACCAACAUGGCAUAUUGAUACCCAAAGCAAAUGCUCAACCAUAAAAGACACCAACAUAGCAUGCACUAGGAAUUCAGGAAUUGCUUCAAAUGUCAACCUCAAAACAAGGAAAGCAACACUUAUUAUUCGUACAAGUGAACUUCGGGAUGAGAAAUAGUCAACUGGGGAAAAAUACCAUUACAACUGUGACAAGAACACAAAAAAAAAAA